UACGAUUUAAGAAUAACAAAUGUCAACGCGCGAUAUGCUGGGGCUACUCAUGAUGCAUAUAUUUGGAGAAACUCAGCUAUCAAUGCAAAAAUGCAACGUAGAUAUAUUGAAGGAGACAGCAACACAUGGUGCAUUGCAGAUUCAGGAUACCCGCAGCAACCUUGGCUAAUGAUACCCAUUACAAAUGCGUUGCCCAUCACACUAGAAGGCCGUUAUACCGCAGCUCUUGUUCGAACUCGAUCUUGCAUUGAAAGAUGCAUUGGAGUACUCAAAGGACGAUUUCGAUGUAUUCUCGGAGAGAGGAUGCUGCAUUACACACCUAGAGUUGUAGCGCGUAUUAUUAUUGCAUGUGUAAUCUUGCACAAUAUUUGCACGGAGGGACGACUACCAAUUAAUCAGUACGUUAAUGAAGAAGUAGAGGCUUAUCCCUAUAAUGCCGAUGCUAUGCAGAAUGAAAACAUAGAUCUUUCAGAUCCACUGGCGAGAAGGCGACUCAUAGAAACAUAUUUUACGGACAAUGUUUAAGUACAACAAUAGUUAAUAGUACGAAAGAUAUGCUAAAAAGAGUUU